GCCCCGCACCCCCUGAGCCCCGCGCACCCCUCGGGCUCAAGCAUGAGCGGAGGCAGCGGGGGCGGCUCCUCGGCACCCGGCCGUUUCGCCGACUACUUCGUGAUUUGCGGGCUGGACACUGAGACUGGGCUGGAGCCGGACGAGCUCUCUGCUUUAUGCCAGUACAUACAGGCCUCUAAAAGCCGAGAUGCUGCCAGCCGUUUCAUUCCAAGUGCAACAGAAGGGGAAAACUUUGAACAGACUCCAUUAAGACGCACAUUUAAAUCCAAAGUUCUUGCUCGCUAUCCUGAGAAUGUUGAAUGGAACCCUUUUGAUCAGGAUGCAGUGGGAAUGCUGUGUAUGCCUAAAGGGCUUGCUUUCAAGACACAAGCAGAUUCCAGAGAACCUCAGUUCCACUCUUUUAUUAUUACUCGUGAAGAUGGCUCACGGACAUUUGGAUUUUCUCUCACAUUUUUUGAGGAGGUUACAAGCAAACAGAUCUGCAGUGCAAUGCAGACAUUGUAUCAUAUGCACAAUGCUGAAUAUGACAUUAUUCAUACUCCACCCACAAAUGACAAAGAUAGCUGCAGCAGCACUGGAGACUGCAAUGGCACUUCUGUUUCAAAGCUACAGCGUUUUAACUCCUAUGACAUCAGCAGAGACACACUCUAUGUCUCAAAGUGUAUUUGUCUGAUUACCCCAAUGUCUUUCAUGAAAGCUUGUAAGAAAGUGCUAGAACAACUUCACCAAGCAGUGACUUCACCUCAGCCACCACCUCUACCUUUAGAAAGCUACAUCUACAAUAUUCUCUAUGAGGUUCCUCUUCCUCCAGCAGGAAGAUCUUUAAAAUUUUCGGGUGUUUAUGGACCAAUUAUCUGCCAGAGGCCAAGCACCAGUGAACUACCAUUAUUUGAUUUUCCAGUUAAAGAAGUUUUUGAAUUGCUUGGAGUAGAAAACGUGGUUCAACUCUUUACCUGUGCCCUCUUGGAAUUUCAGAUACUGCUUUAUUCACAGCAUUAUCAGAGACUGAUGACUGUGGCAGAGACCAUCACAGCACUAAUGUUUCCAUUUCAGUGGCAGCAUGUGUAUGUUCCUAUCCUUCCAGCAUCCCUCCUUCAUUUUCUAGAUGCUCCUGUCCCUUACCUCAUGGGAUUGCACUCUAAUGGGCUGGAUGACAGGUCUAAAUUGGAACUUCCUCAAGAGGCUAACCUGUGCUUUGUGGAUGUAGACAACCAUUUCAUCGAGCUACCAGAAGACUUGCCCCAGUUCCCAAAUAAACUUGAGUUCAUUCAGGAAAUUUCAGAGAUACUAAUGGCUUUUGGAAUUCCACCUGAGGGAAACCUUCACUGCAGUGAAAGUGCCUCCAAGAUGAAGAGCCUCAGAGCGUGCGACCUGGUUUCUGAUAAAAGAAAUGGGAACAUAGCAGGUUCACCUUUGAACUCCUAUGAGCUGCUAAAGGAAAAUGAGACCAUUGCAAGACUCCAAGCACUUGUUAAAAGAACAGGUGUGAGUCUAGAAAAGUUGGAGGUGCGAGAGGAGACCAGUAGCAAAAAGGAUCUUAAAAUUCAGUGUGAUGAAGAAGAAUUCAAGAUCUACCAGCUCAACAUUCAAAUACGUGAAAUUUUUGCCAAUCGGUUUACACAAAUGUUUGCAGAUUAUGAAGUGUUUGUCAUUCAGCCCAGUCAGGACAAGGAAUCUUGGUUUACAAACAGAGAACAGAUGCAAAACUUUGAUAAAGCAUCUUUCUUGUCUGACCAGCCUGAACCUUAUUUGCCUUUCCUAUCGAGAUUCCUGGAAACCCAAAUGUUUGCAUCUUUUAUUGACAAUAAGAUUAUGUGCCAUGAUGAAGAUGAUAAAGACCCUGUUUUGAGAGUAUUUGAUUCUAGAGUGGAUAAAAUUAGGCUGCUAAAUGUUAGGACACCAACUCUGCGCACAUCUAUGUAUCAAAAAUGCACAACCAUUGAUGAGGCUGAGAAAUCUAUCGAAUUAAGACUAGCAAAAAUAGAUCACACUGCAGUCCAUCCACACUUGCUGGACAUGAAAAUUGGACAAGGGAAAUAUGAGCUUGGAUUUUUUCCCAAGCUUCAGUCUGAUGUUUUAUCUACUGGACCAGUAAGCAACAAAUGGACAAAGAGAAAUGCUCCUGCCCAGUGGAGGCGGAAGGACAGACAGAAGCAACACACUGAGCACCUGCGUCUUGACAAUGAUCAGAGAGAGAAAUAUAUCCAAGAAGCCAGGAAUCUGGGCAGCACUAUUCGGCAGCCCAAGCUGUCAAACCUCUCUCCAUCAGUAAUUGCACAAACAAACUGGAAGUUUGUGGAAGGCUUGUUGAAGGAAUGCCGAAAUAAGACCAAGAGGAUGUUGGUUGAAAAAAUGGGCCGAGAAGCUGUGGAGCUAGGUCAUGGUGAAGUGAAUAUCACAGGUGUAGAAGAGAAUACCCUCAUAGCCAGUCUGUGUGACCUCCUAGAAAGGAUAUGGAGCCAUGGUCUGCAAGUCAAACAGGAUAGAAGCUGUACUGCUUUCGUCUUAGAAGACAGAGCAACAGUAAACUCUGCUUCAACUCAGAUUUGGGCCUUUCAGACCACCAGACGGCCAACCCUACAUAAGGGAAAGUCUGCUUUGUGGUCUCAUCUGUUACAUUACCUAGAAAACAGGCAGAGAAAAAGUACAUCAGGCAGCUUCAGUACCUCAGGAAUAGUACUUGAUUCAGAAAGGAGAAAGUCUGAUUCCAGUCCAGCUAUGUCACCUCUUAGAAUCUCUCUCAUUCAGGAUAUGAGGCAUAUCCAGAACAUUAGUGAGAUCAAAACAGAUGUUGGCAAGGCCAGAGCCUGGGUUCGACUCUCUAUGGAGAAGAAGUUGCUCUCUAGGCAUCUAAAACAGCUGCUUUCAGAUCAUGAACUUACAAAAAAACUCUACAAGCGUUAUGCGUUCCUGCGCUGUGAUGAUGAGAAAGAACAAUUCUUGUAUCAUCUCCUGUCAUUCAACGCUGUUGAUUACUUUUGCUUCACCAAUGUUUUCACAACAAUCUUGAUCCCAUACCAUAUAUUGAUUGUUCCUAGCAAGAAACUUGGUGGCUCAAUGUUUACUGCCAAUCCUUGGAUCUGUAUCUCAGGAGAACUGGGUGAAACAGGAGUCCUGCAGAUUCCCAGGAAUAUAUUAGAAAUGACUUUUGAGUGCCAGAACCUGGGAAAGCUGACCACAGUGCAAAUAGGACAUGAUAAUUCAGGGCUGUAUGCCAAAUGGCUAGUGGAAUAUGUUAUGGUCAGAAAUGAAAUAACAGGGCAUACUUACAAGUUUCCCUGUGGAAGGUGGCUUGGAAAGGGAAUCGAUGAUGGUAGCUUAGAGAGGAUCCUGGUGGGAGAGUUGCUGACUUCCCACACUGAGGCUGAUGAGCGGCAGUGUCGAACCCCUCCUUUGCAGCAAUCACCAAGCAUGAUCAGAAGAUUUGUCACUAUAUCACCAAACAAUAAGCCAAAGUUAAAUACUGGGCAGAUACAAGAAGCUAUUGGUGAAGCUGUCAAUGGCAUUGUCAAGCAUUUCCACAAGCCAGAGAAGGAGAGAGGCAGCCUGACACUCUUGUUGUGUGGAGAAAGUGGACUUGUUUCAGCUCUUGAGCAAGUGUUUCAGCAUGGAUUUAAAUCACCAAGACUCUUCAAAAAUGUCUUUAUUUGGGACUUUUUAGAAAAAGCACAAACAUAUUAUGAGACCCUUGAACAGAAUGAAAUGGUCCCAGAAGAGAACUGGCAGACAAGGGCCAGAAACUUCUGUCGUUUUGUCACUGCUAUCAACAACACCCCUAGAAACAUUGGGAAGGAUGGCAAGUUUCAGAUGCUGGUGUGUCUUGGAGCCAGAGACCACCUUUUGCAUCACUGGAUCGCCCUGCUCGCAGACUGCCCGAUCACAGCACAGAUGUAUGAAGACACAGCACUGAUUAAGGAUCAUACUCUGGUGAAUUCUUUGAUUCGAGUGCUGCAGACUUUGCAGGAGUUCAACAUUACCCUGGAGGCAUCUCUUGUCAAAGGAAUCGACAUUUGACCUCUUGUCCCACAGAAAAAAAAAAAAAAGCAACAAGGAGUGAUUCUCAUUAGUAUGCAAAAGUUCUGUCUGCCAGUACAUUGUAUUGUGAACUUGUUCAUGGCCCUAAAAAUGCAACUUUUAACUUUUCUUGAAGGAAACUCCAAAAAUAGUACAGGCAAAUAGAUAGUAGCUGUAAACUCAGUGUAAAAAAGAGGAUUUUGGUAUAAAUCUAUUUUAGAGUUUAUUUGCUGAUUUGCUUUUUACACACUUUCAUGUGAAAGAGAUAGAGAUGAGUAUUGUGCAGCUUAUUUUAAAGCUGCAGUAUUUCCUUGCCAUAGAAAAUGUGCAGUGAGCCUUUCAGCAUUCUGUGAACUUGCCUUCAGAUAUGCUGUGUGUCAUAGACCCCAAUGUAUACACUCCAUUUCUGCUGAGGUCAUUCUAUAGUUUUUAAACUAAUAUUUUAUAUAUUAACAUUAUUACCAAUGUUUGAUUUUUAACUUAUCGGGUCAUGUUCUGCUGCAAGGGAACUACAAAUCUGAUAUGUGCUUUUUUUAAUAGCUCCAAAGCACUGAUUUGUCAACAAAUCAUUUUUUCCUUUAUUUUUGUUGUCAGUAUUAUUUUUAGUGAAAUCUGUAAGACUGAACAUUGAAAUGUGCAGAGAUCAAAGUAAUAUUUUUCAUAUUGGUACAUUAUUGCACAGAAGAAGUUACUCGUGUUUUUUAACUGAUGUUCUUUAUUUAUUUAACCUGUCCUUGUGUUUUGUAAGUUUGUCUUUAAAAAAAAAAUCUUCUAUGAUACAACUGGCUAUAUUAUGUUGCAAUUCAGAAUUUACAGUGCAGCCCACUUAAAUGAAAAACUUGAACUAGUUCAUAACACAAAGAUGUCUGCACUUGAACCAGCCAUUUGAAGCUUGGUAUAUGGUUGCUGCUGGUAAUUCUCUUAACUGCUAAUAAAGAGGGACUUUCUCCUCCCCCCCUCCAAAUGCCAGAUGGCUGAAUAAAGAUGUUUAAGCCCCCACAAAAUAAUAAUGGGUUACCUUACUAGCAAAUCCAAGGGUUCCUUAAUUUUUCUAAAAAGACAGCGAGUAGUAAGGUUUUUUCUUUUCCUUUUGAAUGUCUUGGGUCCUGUUAUCACACUCUGCUUCAUUUGGGAUGCUUUUGUUUUUCCACAGAGAAAGCUUUGGUCCACUUCUACAAUAAAACACAUUUCAGAAGCUUAGUUUAUUGGAUAUCUGGAACUUGACGAAUGCCUAAAGGCAUCUCUGUUCAUUUGAAACCUCUGAUAAAAAUCUCUUUGAUAUAGAUGUGACUUAAGAACAGGCUAAUUUAUCAGCAUCACAAUUACUAUACAGAAGUUCAGGGCUAUGUAUUUAAGAGGUCUCCACUGUAUAAACUUCUCUCAGUAUUGUCUUGAGAAGCAGAGUCCAAGAUUUUUUGUUCAUACAAUGUUGUAGCACCUUUUCUUUACCUACAGCUUAGUCACAUCUUGUGAUAGUUUUAUUUCCAUAAUUUAUAAGUAUAGCACGUGUAUUAAAUUUUUGACUAUUUUUACUUUUGUCUUAUUUAUUUCAAUAUUAAACUGAGAAGUUCCUUUGUCACUA